GUGAGUUCCUAAAAUCUGAUCAAUCAGUCCGAUUGGAUUUGGAAUUUUUUGGGAAUUUGAAGUAUUGGUGAAGAAGGAACAGCACAGCAAAGCGAGAAAUGCAAUUCUUCGGGGGAACGGAGAUCAGCCCGUCGCUGCCGGCGUCAACGGCGUCGGGGAACAACGGCCACAUGAUGUACGUGUUCAACAGAAACGGCGUCUGCUUGCUCUACCGUGAAUGGAACCGGCCUCUUCACACCCUGAACCAACAGCAAGACCACAAGCUCAUGUUCGGCCUCCUCUUCUCUCUCAAGUCCCUCACCGCCAAGAUGGACCCCACCACUCCCGAUAAGGCCAAUCUCGGCGUCCCUCAGCUGCCCGGCCAAGGCUGUUCCUUCCACAGCUUCCGCACCAAUACCUACAAGCUUACUUUCAUGGAAUCCCCUUCUGGCAUUAAGAUUAUCUUGGUUACUCAUCCCAGGACCGGCGACUUGCGUGAAUCUUUGAAGUACAUUUACAACUUGUAUGUGGAAUAUGUCGUGAAGAACCCGCUCUACACUCCUGGAACUCCAAUCAGGUGUGAGCUAUUCAAUACAACGCUCGACCAAUAUGUAAGGAGCAUUUCGUAGAAAUCCAGUCACCAUUAUCAUCUACUUGUUCGUUGUUUUAUAAAAGUGGAUUUUAAACAAGGAAAUGGAAAAGCAUGCCAAGAUGAGGCCACCUAUGUGUGUUUCUCCUUCUGUUUGGACAAUGAUCUUAUGUCUAGGCUUAUGCUUAAAAAGCAGCAAUGUUCACUCUUACCCUGGCCCAAAG